CAUGCAUACGAUAAGAUAGCAUUUGUGUACAUAUACUGUACACUGUAUCUUUAGGAAACAAAUUCAUGUACUUUAAAGGGAUAUGAUUCUAGAAGAACUAUUUGGUAGUUGUGUGGCCCUCGUCUCGCGUUUGAUCAUUCAAACACCGCCGAUAUCCCGAGAAAAUCUGCAAAGGGAAUAUACUUUGAUAUCCGUGCCAAAUCGUGAACAAGACGAAGUAUACGACGGCUUAAUACACCGUGAAUACGAACAAGAGGUGCCUUUUUAUGAAGAUGGGACGUUUGUUCGGAUGCAAGCUGACCCAACGCGAAAUUUCUGCGAAUCAUUAAUCCGAAGUUUGAAGGCAAAUGUCGGAUUAAUAACGGCGGUUGUUUUCGUAUUAGGUUCACUCACAGUUGGAGUCGUCUACGUGGACUUAAAUUCAAAUGACGCUUGUAUAGAAUGGAUGCAUAAAAAUGUUAGUAUUCCAGCGCACGUACGAACACUACGGAUUGUUGGAAUGUCUGUCAAACUACUGCCGUUGUUUUCAUGUUUUCCAGCAUGCAUCGCCUUGUUGUGGGGUUUCAGAGAGUUCAAAAAGAAUUACCUUACGCGUUUAUUUUUCUGCGCGUUUGUACCAGGAUCCAUAACUUGUGUUUAUAGAAUUAUUAUGUUUGAUAAGUUUACCAACGUUGAUUACAACCUAUACAGGUGAGUAAUAAACUGGUUAACACCACCAUACAAGUAAAUGAUCUAUAAAGCUUGUUGAAUUUAGAUCAACAGUAAAUGAUUCAUAUAGUAAAAUGAUGUAUAAACUUUCCUCGACCAUUCAACAAUUACGUCUAGGAUGGACCCGGGCUGGUCCGGUUAGACCUUUCCCUUUAUGAGUGAAAUUUUGAUCUAGACAAGCUUGAAAGAGCAUCACAAAAUUAGUAAUACUCCGAAGUUUCGUUGCGAAAUGUUGUAAAAUACGGAUAAUACAGCCUUGCGAAGUUUGCCGCUUUUCAGUCAUUUUGUAUUACCAUUGGUAAUCAGUUUCAUCAUCUGAUUUUGUGAUGCUCUUUCAAGCUGUGAUGAAAUUUUUGUCCAGACUCGUCUAGAUCAAACUUUCACUCAAAAGGGGAAAGGUCUAUUAACCGAGAUGACUCGCUUAAUAAAGCUCGUAUUACGCCUUUCAUGAACAACCGAAAUUACAUUUUAAAGUUGAAUUGUGAAAUUAUUUAAAUAAUUCAUGAACCACAAAGGAAAGCAUGAGCGUGAAGAUGUUUGUAUACGGGGUGUCCCAAAAAACCCGAAAACUAUUGAAAUCACUUAUUGUUAAAUUUGAAUGCCCUACCAAACAGCUGGACGUAAUGAUGCGUAAAAUAUUGACAAGGCCCAUGUAUUAUAAUUUAGUUAGGAAUAUCUCCUGGUAAAGUGCGCGAUUUUCUGCUCCUGGGAAUUAAAAACAGCUUCUUAAACAGUUUCUUUAUGCAUAAAAUUUACUUAUGUCAAUCAUUUAUGCACUCGUGGGAACCAACAGAGCGCUAAGGCAUUCAAAUUCUAACAAUUAAAUUGUUAUUGGUGAUUUCAAUAGUUUUCGGGGUUUUUUGGGACACCCUGUAGAGCGUUUGCACAUGACGUCACAGGCGCCAUGUUGGUGUUCCAAUGGACAACUUGCAUGUUAGACUAAAUUUUAAUCUAAGUAAAGAGAAGGGAAUAAAACACAACAGUUAAAAAGAAAAUAAUGAAAUUAGUAAAAUUGCAAAAUUUGGUUGCGAAAUGUUGUAAAAUACAGAAAAUAUAGCCUUGCGAAGUUUGCCAUUUUCGGCUCAAAAAUGGCAACAAUUUCCGCACGUAAUACAAACAUACUGAAAAUAUGCAAACUUCGCAAGGCUGUAUUUUCUGUAUUUUACAACAUUUCGUAACCAAAUUUUGCAAUUUUACAAUUUUACUGACUUUAAUAAGUUCUUUACGGGAAUUUAUCUUUUUUUGCCUAAAUCAAAAAUUAGUCUAACAUGCAAGUUGUCUAUUCAAAAGAAUUUUAAUGGCUUUUGUUGAGUUGGUCUCUGGGGAAUUAGUAUGGUAUGGUAUGGUAUGGUAUGGUAUGGUAUGGUAUGGUAUGGUAAAACUUUAUUUAAACACGCUAGCCUCGAUCAACAAUCGUGUUGUAUUGCUUGUUUUCUGUGGAAAUCCCUCUUUCUCAUACGCUGUUUAAUUAACUUGGGGGUAAUCCAUGGUAUGGCGUUCUGCCUCAGCCUCUUCUGCAAACGCUCUAUAUCUGACACACAAUUACAAAUCAUGCUGAUUUACAUAAACUUUAAGUUUAAUUUUCUCGAAUAUCAUUAAUUUAUGUUACGUUUUUGAAGAAUACGAAUGUUCUCAAAAGCAUACUAAAACUUGCGGAACACUGAAUUCUGUUGCUUUAUUUAUUUGGUUAUUUCAUAAGUAACAUUUAAACGGAUUUAAAGUUUUACGUGCGUAUACGUACGUAUGAAAAACGCGACAGUGGAAAUCAGCCUAAAGCCCUGGGCAAACUAGGAGACAUUGCUGUGGAAACAUUUGUGAUUCUCGAUGUUUUCUUAAAUGUUUCCCUGUUUGCCCAUGCACCCGUAAGCCAUUUGCCCACCUAUUGUUGCGGAAACAAAAUUUGCUUCCCGCGAAGCAAAAAUGUUUCCUAGCGAAUUCAGAAACAUUUGAUGUUUCCCUAUGUUUCUCACUAAUGUUUCCUAGUGUUUGCCCACUCUUGGAAACAUGGCGAAACAUUGGUAGGAAACAAUAGGGUCAUUUAUACGAGCGAAAAUAAGUCGCGGCCUAAAUAAGGCGCGGCUUAAAUAAGUCGCGAACAAUUCGUAUAAACAGUCAAUUUGCAAUAAGCCGCGGCUUAUUUAGGUCUAGCUUUCAAGCCUGGGCUUAUUUUAGCCGCGGUUUAUUGCAAAUUAACUGUUUAUACGAAUCGUUAAUUCGCGACUUAUUUAAGCCGCGGAUUAUUUUGGCCGCGGCUUAUUUUCUUUCGUAUAAAUGGCCCUAAUUUUCCUGGUUUACCCAGGGCUUAAAGAUUGACAAGUUAAUUGAGCUCAUUUUAGAUAUUUUAAUUCCCUCUUGGGAAUUGUCUAUGUUUCGUUUUCCAUACAAUUCCCAACGGCGGUGAUUUCGACCGGCAAUUUUUAUUUGACGAGUAUGUGACCAAUUCUCGUCGCUACGGUUUAAAAAAGGUAUCAUAGAAAAGCUAAAUAACAGCUCUUUCAUCCUAUGCAAAAAUUGAAUUGUUUAGCAAAGUUUAUGAUGCACGACAGCUUGUUGAAUUUCCAUGAUAGCUUUUUUUCGAGACACCCUGUAUAUUGCUAUUUGAUGAAGCCAUGUUUUAGCCUAGUAUUUGUUCAAUUUAUUUUGAGGAAUCUUUGAAAACUUGUAACUUGCAACUCUGAAAAAUGCUGCCCGACUAUAUCUUUCAAACAAAUUCGCACCAACUAAUGUAAUACACAACUACAAUUUGCGUCAUUCUGAUUCAAAAGUUUUUUCCUCAAGACCUUUGAAUAGCCCACAUGCUGAAGCUGCAAAUGCUACUACAUACAUUCUAAAUUUCAAAUACAUAAUUAGACAAUCCUGAUUUUUUUCUAUUUUUCUUUAGUGUUGCGAGUAUUAGUUGUAACUUUCAUUGUAAUUGUGAUAUGUAUAGAUAUUUCACUGUGCACGGCUCCAUGGAAAAGCACUUUUGUGAAAUAGACUCCGUGUGAUAAUAAUAAAGGUUUAAUUUGUUUUGACGUUUCCCCUGUAUCCUUUGGAUCAUUGAAGGUACACCUACUCUUCGCUUAGUUAUUCACUACUUAUAUAGUGGGCUCUUUAACAUUUGGUGUAAUAUAUCAUUUAUAGACCUCCCGCUCCGUAUCAUCACUUCGGGUAAUAUUUCGCCGAAUUCGCGCCCACUCGCUUCGGGUCUAAAAAUGAUAAUACUUAAAAUGAAGAAAAGACAAACGAAAUCACUGCCAUCUCGGUGGUAUGUGAUUAAAAAUCAUGUUAAUUUACAUAAACUUUAGCUUUGAUUUUCUCGCCUGCUAUAGAGAACGUUUAUUUUUAAAAUUACUUCGCCAAUGAAUUCUUCAGACGGGUCGUUUUUAAGUACUAUUUAAAACAUGAGAAGCAGCUAGUGUUUUAUAAAGUCAGAUAUAAAGAUACGAGGCGAAGCCGAGUAUCUUUAGGUCUGAUAAAACACGCACUGCGAAUGUUUUAAAUUGCUUCUAAAACAUUCGAUCUAGUACUAAGUUCAUUUGCCGAAGUAAUUUUCAAAAAAUACGUUGUGUAAGUCGAGAAAAUCAAAGUUAAAGUUUAUGUAAAUCAACGGAAAUCUCUAUCACAUAUAAAGAUACGACACGAUUAUGAUUUUUCUUUGUGUUUUCUCACGAAUUAUUAAUGAGUUUUUGAAGUGAUUUAAAACACUCGCACUCCGUGCUUUAUCAGAUAUAAAACACUCGAGCUGCGCUCUCGUUUUUUAUAUCUGAUAAAGCACUCCUGCUCGUGUUUUAAAUAUUAUAGUAUCUACUUAGACUAGAUAUAUUUGCAACAAUGCUAUAUUACUUUCUUAACUAUGCUUAUCCUAACCCACCCUGUCAACUUUUCCUGCGAGAGCAAAUCGGAGUACCAGGAGAAAACCCAUGCACGACUUGCGGCAGAGCGUUGACAAAAUCUUCUCACAUUUAACCUUAUAGCUGACAAAGUAGGAACUACCUCUCCUACUAACCCUUCAACUGAUCAAUAUGACUAGUUCUUUGCGUCUUUUUUAGAUUACCAAGCAACCUCCUAUUCAUGUUUUCUAUUGUCUGUGGUGCUUACUCAGUUGCUCGUAAAUUCAAGAAAGUCAACCCGGCAACAUCGUACAGUGUGUUCCGUAUUAUUUUCAUUCUUUCAUCUGCUUUCCUAGGUGCCUGUUUAUUUUCUUUUAUCUACACGUUUAUUAUCAUCAAGUAUUUUAGAAAAACUGAAGGCAAAAUUAAGAAAGCCAUAAUCGCUGCACUCACACCCGGAAUAGUUUUCCCACUGACUGCAUUUGUAAAAUACAUUAUCCUCAGAAAGAGUUCGGAGAUUAUUACACCAGAUCGCGCUUUUGUGUUGUGUUAUUUCCUACGCGGGGCCACGAUCGUACUAUACCGAACCAUGCAGUCUGGUUUUCAAGAUAUCUGGCUUUUCGUUGGUUUAUCGCUGUUACAUGGUAUCUCAAACGUUCUGAGUAAGGCAACUCUUAACGUUCGUAUAAAACUUUGGAGGUUUUUCAUAAAAUAUAUCAACAGAAUAUGCUGUGGACCAAGAUUGGAAGUACAACCUUUAAAUUCGCCACGUAUUCGUCGAUUCAACGCAGAUCUUGAAAUUCAGAAUAUCCUAUUCGAAUACGCCACGGUCAUCUUAAGUCAGGCGUAUUUAGCAUGUUAUCUUGUAAUGAGCUACGAUGUUCCGUCCUGGCAAGUGAUAAGAGCUUCCUUAAUCAGGGUAGCGAUAAGUUUAGCCAUAGAUUUUGCAUUCAAUAUAGUGUCUCUGUUCAUUCAAAUUCACUUUUAUGACAUUCCGAUACAAAAGAUUUGGACGAAAUACUGGGGACGACAUGUCUUUGCUAACGCUUUCAUGAUCAUCGUUUUUGUAGCAUACUUUGGUUCAGUGCUCGUCAGAGUGUUUGCAGACAACAAUAAUACUUUGGAAGAACACAAACUUAAGAAUUGUACAACACUAUUUUAAGCCUCGUUUGCCUACUCAUUACGACAUUUUCUUUUCAUUUGUGAAACCAAAUUGUUCUAUACCGCGUUUGCCCUAAUAAAAUUCUCCAUUAAAUGUUAAAUGUUGCAUUUCACUGAGAAAAGUAUCUGUGAAUACAGGCCUGGGUAGCUAGCCUGCAGGUGCACAGACUGUAUGGACCAUGUCAUUUGUGCACUGUAAAUUGCAUGAUGACAGAUCAGUAUCCAUUUUAAUAAGUUCUUUGUAGGUAUAGAUUUUGUGUCAAAACAAACAGUGUAUUAAAUGAAGUAUAAGUGUUAUUGAAUGGCAAAACAAAAAGCGACUGCACUGGCAGCAUUGACAUAAUUAGGUUAUAACCUGGGGCCGGUUGUAUAAAAACGUAAUUAGCGCUAACUGUAGUUAGCGUUAAUCACUGUAGUUAAAUCCUUAACUGUAAUUAGUUAACUACAUG